CGCCUAGAAGUCCUGGAUCCCGCCUGCACUGUGUCGGUCUCCUACCCAGGAUGGCCGCAGCUCGGGAAAGGCGUUGAGGAUGCACACGGCAUACCUGGUGCUUUGCGCUCUGCUGCUGGCGGCGGAGCAGGGCGCGCGCCUCUACACGGUGGUUUAUUACUUUUACACUGAGCAGUAUCUGUGGGCAUGGCUAACUGUCUCAGCUCUCCUUCCUGGAUGCUUGAUUCAGGGCAUAAGUUAUCUGUGGUUCCUAGCAGAUGGUCAUCAAGGCAGCUCUUCUCUGUUGAUUGUUCAUCUCCUGCAGCUUGGCAUAUGGAAACGGCACUGGGACGCCCUAUUGGGAGCCAUGGCAAAGGAAGAGGAGCCUCCUGGGUUGGGAAAACUGCUGCUACAACAAGGAGAUCUCUUUGUGCUUCGGCUGCUUGAAGCCCUGCUCCAAAUGGGGCCCCACCUCCUGCUGCAAACAUAUGCUUUUGUAGCAGCUGAUUUAAAAGAUCCUGUCCCAGGUAUAAGUGCAGUUCUGUCCUGGUCAUCUCUGUCCUUGUCUCUGGUCUCUUAUGCUCGAGUCAUGUGCCUGAUGAAGCCAGGACAUCUGUCCAUGCCAUGGGCUGCCCUCCUAUGCCAGCUCUUGUGGAGGUUGGCUAUGCUGGGAACUAGGAUCAUAACACUAGUUCUGUUUUCUCAAGCCUAUCACUGCUGGGUCUUAGUUGUUGGAGGUGCUCAUUGGCUAGUGAUGACCUUUUGGCUUGUUGCUCAACAGAGUGACAUCAUAGACAGUACUUCUUGUUGGAGGUUGUUCAAUCUGCUUGUGGGAGCUUUGUAUGUCUUCUGCUACAUCAAUUUCUGGGACAGCCCUUCCAGAAAUAGAAUGAUCACAUUUUAUAUGAUAAUGCUGAUGGAGAAUACAGUCCUUUUGCUGUUGGUCACAGAUUUUCUGCAGGGAGCAUCGUGGGGCACCAUGUGGAUGACAGCAGGCAUUGUGUCUGGAUUUAUUAUUGGCUGUGCCUCACUUGUCAUUUAUUACUGCCAGCUACACCCCAAAUCCACAGAAAUCUGGCAGGGUUUUAUAAGGAAGUCCUGUGGCAUUGUAGGAAAUAAUAAAACAGAAAAAGAGCCUUCUUCCUUUCACUGUGCAAACUCAGUUGAGGAAAGAUCAGAGAGUCUAAGUUUAUACCCAGUGAGAGACUCCAAAGCACCAUAUCAGGGGGAUUCCCUUAGCAUUGACUGGGGAGCUUCUGUUGGGAGCCACGUUGUAAGGGAUAAGGCCACUGCCAAAUGGCACCACCAUUGGCUGCUAGUGAAGCUGGCUUUAAAAACUGGAAACAUGUCCAAGAUCAGUGCGGCUUUUGGAAAUGGUGGCCUAAGCUGUGUUUGCCCACACAUCUAUGUAACAACUAAAUGCUUUGGCCCACAAAUGCAGCUUUCAUUUUCAGAGAAAGACUUCCCAUUACCUCAGAAACAACAUGUGACAAUACUACAUCAGAGUUCCUGGCAAAAAGAUUCUCGGGCUGAAGAUGUGCCAGAAACUAAAGAGAAUUCUUUGGAAACAUCAAGUUAUAUCACUCUCUCAAGUAGUCAGAAUGACCAUGUACACUCUCAAAAAACAAUGCCUGUUGUUGCACCAGAAGAACCUUUUCCUUUUUUGACAGCAGAGAAGAGUGAUGCAGAAAGUCCCAUUGGAGAGGUAGGAGAAGCAGGGAGAGGAAAAGGGAACUCUACAUUCUACUUCAGUGCUACCAUGGAAGGGGCUACACCCUGUCACAAGGAGCCCAGAAUAUCUCCACAAGUCUCCCAUAGGCAAGUGGAAAUAGAAAAGGAUCAGCCAUCCAAGUCUGACUCUAAUCAUUUGGCAUCAAAACCAUUUCCUAUCACUGUGGCAAACAUCAGCCCAAUAUUAGGGACAAGCACAACCAACCAUUUACGGUGCAGCACAGGCCUUUAUAACAAUAGUCAGUGUAGUUUUCCAGGGAUGUCUUCUGCAAGUUCAAGUUGUGGGGGACCUCAGGAGCUCUGGAAGGCUCCAGGAAAACACUUCAUAUCUGUUGGGACUUUGGUGUCUAUGAUGAGGAACAAACUGAGGCCUUCAGAGGAGCCUUGCUUCACAUCCACCCCCAAAUCAGAACCCAGAAGAGAUGGUGACAGUCUGAGGGAAAGGUUAAGCCAAGAAACAAGCUUUUUAUCUAAUUGAAGGCACGGAAACCCUUCUUUCAGGAUAUCUCUGGAACAGUCAGAGAAACAAGAAAAGACUGCCAGUAUGUUGGAUGGGUUCUCUGGAAAACUUAAAAGAGGAUAUGGAAAUGGAGCAAGAAGGUACUGAUGGGUUGUGAUAUAUACUGGCAGAGGAGUUCUCCACAUCAUUUAGAUUGUAGAUACAUCAACAUAUUGAAAUGAUGACCAUAAUUAAAGGUGAUUAUAGACUGACUAUAUAUAAAUAUACAACACAUGUAUCAAUAGCAAUAUUAGAAGUUACAUUUUUACCUUUGCAUUUUUUAAUGGAAAAUCAAUGUACAAUACCAGAAUCUCUGUUCUGGCUUCUGUGUCUUUAGCAAAGUGUUUUUGUUUGUUCAUCCCUUUCUUUUUUUGUUUGUUGUUUAAAAUAUUAGAGAUUUUUCCAUUAAGUACAAGCUAAUUACCAGCCAAUAUGACGUGACCUGGUCCCUUUUUACCAACUUCUUCAUACUUCCCUCCCCUUCUCAUACCCUGGAAAGACCAUUUCCUGAACCUGAGACACUAUAACCAAACUCAAUUUUUAAGUAUGCUAUCAUAGUUGAUAGAGUACUAGACUUGCAUUCUGGAAGACAUGUGUUUGAAUCAUACUUCCUACACUCACUAGUUACCUAACUGAUCUAGGGCAGAUCAUUUAACCUCUCUGAUUCUCAGUUCCCUCAUCUGUAAAAUGGAGGUAAAGAAUACCUGAAUUGUUAUAUAUAUAUAGAUCAAAGGGAAAUAUAGGUAAAGCACUUGCCAACCUUAAGUUGAUAGAAAGUUAGUUAAUCCAGGCACUGGGGAUACAAAAACAAAAAUAAAAGCAUAAAGUUCUCUCAACUUUAUGGUGCUUACUUCUUCUGACUAGUUCUCUUAUAUUUAUCACCAAAGAAGGUCGUUUAACAGUACAUCCAGGCAGAAAGCAAGACAGUCAGUCAGUCUGAUAGGGCCACUGGUACUGCCUGCCCAUGAUGCUGUUAUCCUCAUAAGCCUUCCGGUUCUCUGCCAGUAUUGGGUACUAUGAAGAAAGGGCAAAGCAGCUGUAAUAAUAAUUAUAAUUACAGUAUUUAUAUAGCAAUUGAAGUAGCAAAGUGAUUCUCAUGUUUUAUUUCAUUCUGUCCUCACAACAACACAAUGAAGUAGGUGCUAUAUCUAUAUGGCGUAGUAGAAGAAAUGCUGAACUUAGAACCAGAGGAGCCAAGUUCAAACCUGACUCUUUCACUUACUGGCUGCAUGGCCUUGGUUAAAUCUUUAAACCUCUCUUGGUCUCAAUUUCCAUAUAGGGAAAAUGGGAGACUAGAUGACCUCUAAGGACCCUUCCAGUUCUAGAUCUAGGAGCCUUAACCUACUCCAGACAACCUCAAGUAUACCUCAAGUCCAUAUAGGCUCUUAUCUCCCCACCAUUAACAAUUACAUCUAGGCUCUUGUCUCCCCCCACACACACACCAUUAACAAUCAUUAGAGCCAAUCCAAGAGACAUGAGGAGAUAUCUUAAGUGGUUUGGGCUGUAUUGUAUAACUAUAACAAUUUGGAUUUUGGCAUAGAGAAUGGAAAGCCCUUUAUAGCAGUACAUUUUUAGCUCUUGUUGAGUAAUUAUUGGGACAUUUAGGUUCUCCUACCUUUGGGGAGACCACAUCAAUCAAUCAGCCAAGCAUUUAUUAAGCACCUACUAUGUAUCAGGCACUGGGCUAGGCUCAAGAGAUACAAGCAAAAGUGAAACAGUCCCAGCCUUCAAGGAGCCUCAAGUGGUAAGUGUCAGUGACAAACAUUAAGUACUUACUAGGUGCCAAGCUCUGUGCUAAGCACUGGAGAUAAAAAGAGAAUCCAGAACAAACAAACAAAAAACCCACAAUCUCUGCUUCCAAGAACUGUACAUUCAAGGAAGAGAUAACAUGGAGAAGUCGGCUCUAACUGCCUUACAGGGGGUAAUUGUUAAAUUAUAUUAUAGGAAACAUAAUCACUACAGAUCAGGGCUUGACUUAUUGUUUUGUUGAUUUCGAGACUUAAACCAAUGCGUAUUAAAUUAAAA